AUGGAAUCGCAAAAUUUGAAUAUACAGAACGCCCCUACGAACGCAGAAACUGCCAAGACUGCCAAUACCGCUAGUCCCUCUGUCCAGUCGUAUCUGAAUAACGACGGAAUUGACAGCAUGACGCCUGCGGCACGUAAAAAAAGGGUCUCCUCACUCUCUUUGUCAGAUCAGUGGGCAGGGUCGAUGAGGUCGCCCUCUCUUGCCGCUCUAUCAAAAUUGAGUAAUGGCAACAGCAAUGUGAGUCUCAAGAAGACAGGCUCGAAGGUGAGCUUGGGCAAAUCGCACUCCCGUCUGUCGAUGUUGUCUUUGGGCUCUGACGGACACCCGGUCCGGUAUAAGACCCACAUUGUGGACCAUUUUCGUGUUGCGUCGUAUGCGUUUGCAUUUGAUAUUGACGGUGUCAUCGUGAAAGGCCCUGAGACCAUCCCAUAUGCGAGAGAGGCCAUAAAGAUGUUGAACGGUGAGAACAAAUACAAUAUCAAAGUUCCUUACAUUUUUGUCACCAAUGGUGGAGGUAGACCAGAGAGUGAGCGUGCUAAGGAAUUGAGCGAGAGAUUGGGAGUUGAGAUCACCGAGGACCAGAUCAUUCAAGGUCACACACCAAUGAAGGACCUUGUUGCCGUUUACAACAACGUGCUUGUUGUUGGUGGUGUUGGUGACAAGUGUCGUAAAGUUGCUGAGGGAUAUGGUUUCAAGAACGUGUACAUCCCAUUGGAUGUGAUGUACUGGAACCCAAGUGUGACCCCCUACUACACAUUGACCGAAGAGGACAAGAAAGUGUGCAAGAAAGAUGUCGAUUUUUCGAAAACCAAAAUUGAUGCAAUCUUGGUCUUUGCAGACUCCAGAAAUUGGGCCGCUGACCAGCAGAUCAUCCUGGAGCUUUUGAUGUCCAAGAAUGGAGUCAUGGGAACUGUCAGCGAGACAUUUGAGGAGGGACCUCCAAUUUACUUUGCCCACUCAGACUUUAUUUGGGCAACCAAUUAUAAGCUUUCCCGGUAUGGUAUGGGUGCCUUGCAAGUUUCCAUUGCCGCUCUCUAUAGAGAACAUACCGGAAAGGAGCUCAAGGUCACCAGAUUCGGCAAACCUCAGCGUGGCACUUUCAAAUUUGCAGAAAAGGUUUUGAAAAACUGGAGACAAGACGUGUUAGAAGAGCAUGUCGAAGAGAUCACCUCUGCCGUUGCUUCCGAGUAUUCAGGAGAGGAUGGCGAGGAAGAAGAAGAGGAAGCUCUCAGCUUCAAAACGCCUGCUCAGAAAGCGGACGAAAAGAAGAAGGAAGAAAAGGAUAAGGACGGAAAGCAGAAACCAGAACCUAAGAGGGGGGUUUUCAACGAGACAGACUCUGAAGAUUCCGAUGAUGAAGAUGAAGGAUUGACUAUUCAGAAAUUAUCGCAACUGACUCUGGAUCUGCCACCAGCAUCGACUGUGUACUUCGUUGGUGACACUCCCGAGUCUGAUAUCCGUUUCGCAAACUCUCACGACGAAUCAUGGCACUCCAUCUUGGUUAAGACGGGCGUUUACCAGGAGGGAACAGUCCCUAAAUACAAGCCAAAGUACACGUGUGAUAAUGUUUUGGAGGCUGUGAAGUAUGCUAUCGAGAGAGAGCAUCAACUUGAAUUGGAAGAAUGGAACGCUGGCGCUCAAGAUCCUCCAGAAAACCCAGAUACGGUUCAACCAACCCAGGACGCCCUCCUUGUCGAAAGAGAGGUCAUAAGAGAGAAAUAA